UACAUUCUUUCUCAUUGACUGGAUUUCACUCUGUUCUUAUGAGUAUCAGAAGUCAUUUAAUCUGAUUGAACUCUGUUAUAAGAAAGUAUCUUCCGAUUUUGUCUUUACCCCCGUUGUGCCAAAUCUAACAUGUGCUACAAGAAACCAUAUGGAAUACUCUGUUUAGAUGGUGAUGAACUUGUAAGUGCUUUGGUUCGCUGAAACACAAUGUCGGACGAUAAUAUGCCACAUAUUUCAUAUGGGGUUGACAGUCGUGGAAGAAUAGUGCGUAUUGAAUCAGGGAUAACCAGAGCAAACAUUAGGCGUCUUCCAAGCAUAGAAGAAGCGUUAAGGAGACUCAGUACAAACCUCAGAGCUGAAAGACUUGCCAGUGAAUCUAGUAAUGCAGAAAUAUCUGAUUUAGUGGUAAGAAUGGCACCAUCCGAAGAGGAAAGUUCUCAGAAUGCAUGGGAUGAUGUGACAGAUCAGGAGCUGUCAGUUGAUAUUACUGAUGGCGCAUCUUCACCGAAUCAGCGUACCUCUAGUGUACCAUCAUUAACUUCUGAAGAAGACAGGCGAUACUGUUGGGUAUGCUUUGCAACAGAUGAAGAUGAUGCUACAGCAGCCUGGGUCAAACCAUGUCACUGUCGAGGCACUACAAAGUGGGUUCAUCAGGGUUGUAUACAGAGAUGGGUCGAUGAGAAACAGAAAGGUCAUGCUAACCACUCUGUGGCCUGUCCGCAGUGUAACACGGAAUAUAUUAUAGUUUAUCCAAAUAUGGGUCCAUUAGUCAUAAUACUUGAUACUAUUGAUGCAGUUAUCUUUCGAGUAUGCCCUUUCAUUGCUGCUGGAAUAGUAGUUGGGUCUAUAUAUUGGACGGCUGUAACUUAUGGUGCUGUUACUGUUAUGCAAGUAGUGGGCCAUAAAGAUGGCCUUACCAUGAUGGAACAAGCAGAUCCUUUAGUCUUACUAGUUGGUUUGCCAACUAUUCCAAUUAUGUUAGUUUUGGGAAAAAUGCUUCGGUGGGAAGAUCAAGCUCUUAGUUUUUUAAGACGGCACGCAUCUAAAGUUCCUAUUUUGAGGCAUUUUCUACCAACUAGUUAUUCUGAUGAGGACACAAGUGUACAAUCUGAGGAUAUACCACCAAUGAAUGAUCCAGUAUCUGCAACCCGUGUUCUUUGCGGUGCACUUCUAUUGCCAACCAUUGCCAGCGUAUGCGGAAGAUUAUUCUUCGAAAGUAUAAGCUCCAAUUUCCAGAGAACAUUAUUGGGUGGUGCUGCUUUUAUAACAAUAAAGGGUGCUUUCAAGAUAUAUCACAAACAGCAACAAUACAAGAGGCAAUGCCAGCGGCGCGUAAUGGACUAUACAGAGAGCAAUGUGGCAUUAUAUAGAAGGCAACAAGAUUCUGAAAGCGAGCGAAGUUAAAUAUUGCAUCAACGAAUAUUUGAAUGCCAAUUUAAUGGGUGUAAGAAUUAU